AUUUUGAACCGUAUUGGUUUUUGGUUUUUUUUGGACAGUAUAUUCUGUCGGGGUAGAGCUCAGCCCAAUAACCCAGUAGACCCGAAAACAAUUACUUGCCCAAUUUCACCCAUCAACAAUUCCUCAUAAUUCACUGUCUCUCUCUGUAUCCUCUUCCUCUCAAUUUCUUCUCACAUUUUCAAAUCAACUUCAUCAUCAAAUUUCGUUGAAGAAAAAUCCAAAAUUUUCCGACUUUAACCUUAUUUAUAACAAAAAUCACACAAUUGGAGCAAUUUUCCAAAUAAAUUUACAAUCUUUACCCACAUUUUAUACACUCUUCUUCAUAUCCUAUUCUGCUUAAAUUCAUCUUAUUACAAAGUAUUUCAUAUUCAUACUGAUUGAAUUUCUUACCCUAGUUCUAAUUUGUUUAUUAUACUUGAUGGGUCGUUUUCCAUUCUGUUUAAAAUUGGGAGGAAUUAAAGUUAUAGAAUUUAUGCCCUAUUUAUCAUCCAAUCUCUGCCCAAAAAGAGCAAUUUCAUUUGCAAUUAAACCCCACCAAAACCCAAUUGUAUCAUUUACAAGGAAUUUGCCAAAUUUAAGGGUUUAUCAUCAAAGAAUUCUGGGGUUUUCUUCUGCUGCAGGUGAGAAAAUUGGAAGUGUGUGUGAUAAUCUUGGUGAAAAUGAAACUGGGUUUUUGAAACUAUCAGAUGAACAAUUGAUGGGUCAAUGCGAAAUGGAGACAUUCAAGUCUUCUGGGCCAGGUGGGCAGCAUCGAAAUAAGAGAGAGAGUGCUGUUCGUCUUAAACAUCUUCCAACUGGGGUUAUUGCUCAGGCAGCUGAGGAUCGAUCACAGCAUAUGAAUCGUGCCUCGGCAUUGGCCCGGCUUCGCGCUCUUUUAGCUCUUAAAGUAAGAAGACCUGUGGAUCUCAAUGCUUAUUCUCCUCCACCAGAGCUUCUUCAAAUUCUUCCAACAAAAUCUACUAUCAGGGGAUCAGAAUGCGGCCCACAAAUUAAAUCCAAUAAUCCAAAAUUUGUUGAGGGUAUGCAAGCAUUAUUAGAUUUAAUCUAUGCAGUUGAAGGUUCUGUAUCAGAUGCUUCCAAGUACUUGGGGAUGAGCACAGGGGCACUGUCACGGCUUAUUCUCUCUGAUGACAGCCUUCGAGGGGCAGUAAAUGAGUUAAGAGCUUCAAAGGGGAUAAAGCCUCUUAAAUGACAUUGACUUCCUAGGACUGCAUCGAGAGUUUGAUGUUUCUUCUGGUUAUGGAAAACUGGAUCACCUGACUGGUUCACCCAGAAAAACUUGGUACUCCGCUUUAAAGACCAUGAACCAAGUUCUAUUGGCUCGUGAUCAGAUAUUGUUGAACCAUUUAAUUUUGCAAUAUUAACCAGACUACUACCCCUGCGUACAGGUUGAGCGAGGAUAAGCCUUGGGGUAUAGAUUGGAUGGUACAGGCUAUCAAUGCUUACAGAGUUACAGAUGCCAUCAACAGCUACUAUCACUGCCCACUUCAAUUUUUGGAUUGGCCUGUGUUAAAAUCCUGUUCAUAUUUAUUUUUUAAAGGAAACGAAGAUGCUAUUUAGGAUUGUUUUUACUGGUAUCAUUUUUUUUUAUUUUUUAUUUUUAUUUUUUUUUGAGGAAAUUACUUAUCAUUUUGAUACUCAAAAGUUGAAAUAUUUCAGGUGUAUUUUUCAUGUAUAUAAAUUUUACAGAUACAAAAUUUGAGGAUAUAUGAGUAUGACAAUAAGAAAAUUUGAUGUGGC